AUUUUCCUUCCUCUGUUUAGUGAUUUUAUUCUCGAUUUGAGGAUUGGGCAACCUUACGUUUAUCAUACUGCGUAGGAUGCGGUUUCACGCCUGAGGUUUCCCGAGGGUUUUAUAGCACGCUAAUACCGGACUGUUUGGCAUGUACACGCCUCAGAAACCACAGGUGGAGGCAAGCCUGUAACAACAUGAGCCCCGCAGCCGUGCCCGUCAUCCAUUGCUGUUGUCACCGCAAAAUCUGGCUGCACUCGACCCGACAGCGAGUGGCCGUCCUCUCGUUUCGUUCAUCCCGUGGACCAUGCUGAGAGAGUUAACGCCAUGAACAGAUAUACCACCCUCAGGCAACUAGGCGAUGGCACCUACGGUUCGGUCAUUCUCAGCCGCUGCCUGGAGUCCGGGGAACUUGUGGCCAUCAAGAAAAUGAAAAGGAAAUUCUAUUCCUGGGAGGAGUGCAUGAAUCUUCGAGAGGUCAAGUCCCUGAGAAAACUCAAUCAUGCCAAUGUGAUCAAACUAAAGGAGGUUAUUCGGGAAAAUGACCAUCUCUACUUUGUAUUUGAGUACAUGAAGGAGAACCUCUAUCAGCUAAUGAAAGAAAGAACAUGCCUUUUUCCUGAGUCUGCAGUGAGGAAUAUCAUGUUUCAGAUUCUACAGGGACUUGCUUUCAUUCACAAACAUGGCUUUUUCCAUAGAGAUAUGAAACCAGAGAAUCUUUUGUGCAUGGGCCCUGAGCUUGUGAAAAUUGCUGACUUUGGACUGGCUAGAGAGAUUCGAUCCCGUCCUCCAUAUACAGACUACGUGUCAACCAGAUGGUACCGAGCUCCAGAGGUUCUUCUCAGGUCCACCGUUUACAGUUCCCCUAUAGACCAAUGGGCUGUAGGGUGCAUCAUGGCUGAGCUCUACACACUCAGGCCCCUCUUCCCUGGCUCCAGUGAGGUGGACACCAUCUUCAAAAUAUGCCAGGUCUUGGGAACUCCCAAAAAGAACGACUGGCCCUGAGGGGGUACCAGCUUGGCGACCACCAUGCACUUCCGCUUGGCCCCCAGUUGUGUACCCAGCCUGAGGAAUCUCAUCCCCAAUGCCAGCGCUGAGGCCAUCCAGCUGAUGAGAGACCUGCUUCAGUGGGACCCCAAGAAAAGGCCAGCAGCUAGCCAGGUAUCGCAGGGGCCCUGCCGCUACCCCUACUUCAACGUGGGCCAACUGCUGGGCGCUCCCCAGCAGCUUCAGGAACAGAGGCGACCGCUGCCUCAGGUGCCUCAGGCCUUGGCCCCUGCCCCUUGGUCCGCCUCCAUCCCUCGCCCCCUCCCCAGCUCAGGGCCCGUCCCACCUCCCCACCCCCCUCCGCCUCUUCGGCUUCCCCAGCCACACCUCUCUCCAGCUCGGCCGCUCCAACAAAUCCAACCACCAACCAACCCUGCCUAUUCCCUGCACCAGCCCCAGCCACCCCAAGGCCCCAGCUGAGGGCAGAUGCAGAGAUGGACAGAGCCCCAGCACAGCCGUUUCCCUUUAAUAUACGACAAAGGCCCACCGAGUCAGUUAACACCAGAGCCUGAGAAAGCAAAUCCAUCCAGCCAAACGGGUAAGCCCAGGGGGACCCGUAGGAGAUGGGGUCACGUCACCGGGGUCUUAAAGGGGGAAGACUGGGACGACUCUGAAGACCUGGACGCUGCAGCCAUCGCCCUGAACAAGCCCGGUUACAUCAGCAGUGACAAGCUGGUGGCAGGGGACAGUAGUCUGAGCAGGUUGGGAAAUGUUUUGGAUUUCAGCCCCUCCAUUGUCAGGAGAGAAGGGAGUACGAAUAUAAAUAAUGUGCUGCCCUUUCAAGAACCAUCCAGGACAGCAUCAGCCAAACAGCAUUACUUGAAGCAAUCAAGAUAUUUACCAGGGUUAAGCACCAAGAAGAAUGUAGCAGUAAGUGUCAAGGACUUGAUUGGAAGCAGCCUGUGGGGGAGCAGCGUGGUUCCAUUGGAGGCACACUUGCCUACCAGGGGCAACCACGGAUCACGUACAGGAGGAUAUGUUCCCUCAGCUAAUAAGAAGGAGACUGGAUCAGCUAGCCAAAGAGUGCAUCUAGCACCCCUAGAUUCAACGGUAUCAAAUUAUGCAACAUGGAAAUCGAGCAGGUCAAGCAGUCAGGUGGGACCAUCGUCCUACUUGUCAUCUCCCACCAAGAGCACACCGGGCCUGCGACCUCGCCCUCUAGCUCAGCCCGUCCAUGGGCGCACUGACUGGGCUGCCAAAUAUGGCCACCGAUAGGGAGUUCUCAAGGCACACAUUCAGGACACUUGUAGGUCCUGUGACUUUUCCACUCGAGUUAUUAACUUGUAUAUUUAUUUUAUACAGCAAUAAUAUCUGUUUUAUAUUGCUCUGUGUAUGGUUAAUGUAAAAAAAUUUAUAUACUUUUUUUGCAUAAUAUGCACAAGAAAUCUCAGAGUUUGUGUCAGUGUAUUGAACGAUGUUGUAAAUUUAUCUUUUAUCCUGCAUAAUCUUUCUAAACCUCAUAAAUAUGGAUUAAUGUUGCAUUGUAUUAAUUACAGUUGGUGAGGUGAAAUUUGUGUUUUUUUUGCACGCCACCUUUGUGGAUUUCUACAAAAUUGCUUAGUUUUUUUGUUUUUCAGUGAACGUGUAGGAACUUUUCAUUUUUAUUUAACUUUUUCAGAGUUGUAUUGUUUUGAUUUUUGAUGUUGAGAUUUUUACAAAUAUCCUUUUGCCAGUAUAUUUUGUACACCCAUGACUAAAUUAUUUUCUUUCUUUCUUUUUUUAAAAAAAUUUCUCUUGGAAGUACUUUUCCCCUAAAAUUGUAUGUAUAUUAUGUAAUGCACAACACUUGUUAGUAAUAUGCUUGUGUUACAACCCCUGACCCUUUUUGAUAAUGGCUGCCUAUCUGUGGUGGCAUUUUUCAACAACAAGGGUUUUAUUGUUAUCCUUCAAAAUAUUGUUGCCAUUCCAAUGUAUUAAAAAAAUUACUUUCUCAACCAA